AUGCCGGAAGCCGUCGCUCCCACUGCGGUCGCCAGCGGCAGCACCAAUGCCAAGCUCGCAGCUGCCACCACCACCACGACGUUCACCGAAGUCGGGCCGGUCGAGAUUCCCGAUCUCGACAGCUUCCCUCCCACCGGCACGCCCAUUCACCCCAAGCUCGCGUCAUGGGACUUCUACCGCUCGCUCCACUCGCCACAACGCAUCGUCGCUCCUAUGGUGGACCAAUCCGAACUGCCCUGGCGCAUCCUCUCCCGGCGCUACGGCUCCGACCUCGUCUACACACCCAUGAUCAACGCCAAACUGUUCGUCGACGACGCCUCGCGCAAAAAGAAGGUCAAGUAUCAAGAGGUCAACUUCAACAAGGAAUUUGGCGAGGAAGGAGCGGCACUGCUGUCGAGCGAAGGGGAGGGAUGUUCAGCGGACAGCGAUCGACCGCUCUUCGUGCAGUUCUGCAGCAAUGAUCCGUCUACCCUGCUCAAGGCCGCACAGGUGGUCGAGGACAGAUGUGAUGCGGUGGACCUCAACCUUGGUUGUCCGCAACACAUCGCCCGUCGCGGCCAUUACGGGAGUUACCUCAUGGAAGACUGGCCUUUGAUCUUUGCCUUGAUCAACAAUCUGCAUCUCAACCUCAAGAUCCCCGUGACGGCCAAGAUGCGCGUGUACGAAUCGACGGAGAAGACCGUAGCCUAUGCGCGGCUGUUGGAGCGCGCCGGAGCACAGAUUAUCACCGUCCACGGUCGAACACGGGCGAUGAAGGGUCACUUUACGGGGUUGGCGGAUUGGGCCAAGAUUCGGGCGGUCAAGCAGGCCGUCGGUGUUCCUGUGUUUGCCAAUGGCAACGUUCUCUAUCCGGGUGACUUUGAUAAGGCAUUGGCGGGUACGGGCGCGGACGGGGUGAUGAGCGCAGAGGGAAACUUGUACAACCCGGCCAUUUUCGCACGGACGAUCGAGAGGGGGCCGAUGUUCCCACACGCACCCGAGCUGCCGUUCCCAAGCAUUACGGCGAUGGCCAACGAGUACCUGGAUAUCGUUGCGAGUCUCAGAACCCCGACGCAGAGCAGCGCGAUCAAGGCGCAUCUGUUCCGGUUGUGCAGACCCGCGUUGGAGGUGCAUAAGGAGUUGAGGGAGCACCUCGGCAAGUCGAGGUUCGAUGGUGCGGCCAAGGGCGAGGGGCGCGUGGCGAUGUAUAGAGCGUUCGUAGCGGAGCUGGAGCAGAGGUUGGAGGCGGACAGGAAGAGUGGAAAAUGGGAUGAGAGACCGGAGACGAUGCUGCCGGGUUCGGUGAGUUAUCUGACGCAAGGGGAAGGGGUGUAUGUGCCGCACUGGUUGGCGCAGCCGUACUUCCGACCGCCGUUGGUGCCCGGUGAGGAGGGAGGGAAGGCCAAGGAGGCGAAGAGUAGGGCGGAGCAGAUGACGAGUGUUGAAGAUGUCCAGACUAAGGGCGAGGAGAAGGUCGUUGCGGAAGAAAAGAUGCGAAGGGCGAGGAGUGAGAGUGUCGAAACGAACCAAGCGGGGAAGAAGGUCAAGUUGGACGAGUAG